AAGCAGUUGCAUUAUGGGAGAACAAUGAUUGACACGGCAGCCAUUUUCCUACGGGGCGCCCUGUUCCCAUUGUGUGAGAGAUAGUAAAUACUGACACUGCUAGAAAACCAUAACAUUUAUUUCCUUGCGAAAAAACGUUUAUAUUCACGUCAGGUGAUAACUAACUCAUCAUGGCUCGUACCAAGCAGACUGCCCGUAAAUCCACUGGAGGAAAGGCUCCACGUAAGCAGCUGGCCACCAAGGCUGCCCGCAAGAGUGCACCGUCUACCGGUGGGGUCAAGAAGCCCCAUCGUUACAGGCCCGGCACCGUGGCCCUACGUGAGAUCCGUCGGUACCAGAAGUCCACUGAGCUGCUGAUCCGCAAGCUGCCCUUCCAGCGCCUGGUGAGGGAGAUCGCUCAGGACUUCAAAACCGACCUGCGCUUCCAGAGUGCAGCGAUCGGAGCCCUGCAGGAGGCCAGCGAGGCAUACCUGGUGGGUCUGUUUGAGGACACCAACCUGUGUGCCAUCCAUGCCAAGCGUGUCACCAUCAUGCCCAAAGACAUCCAGCUGGCACGUCGCAUCCGUGGGGAGCGUGCUUAGCCUGCCCGCCCUCCUUUCCUUUUUCUCUUUAAUGUUUCACCUCUAUUCUCUUUGUUUCUUUAUCUCUCACCGUCCUAACUCCCUCAUUUCGCCCUGCCCUUCCAUCUCACCCACCAGCCCCCUCUGCCUGUUUUCUUCUUGGUAGUCUUUAGAGUAACCGUGAUUAUGAUGAGAGAAACGUGUUGAAAAGUCUCGUCUCUCAUAGUUUUUGUCUUCAGCAGAUGUUUUAGGGUACCUUUUUCGUGCAUGUAGUAGGUGUCGCUGAUCAGACACACACACACAGGUUUGUGCGUCCUCAGCUCUCAUAAAAUAAAACUCACUCACAUGCAGGUGGGCAGACCAGAAGGGUGUCGCCCGGGGGCUAGUCUGCUUAAGGGGAGUGGCAACUUCCACAGCAGGGUGCUACUAAAACUAACCCCAGGGCUGUUGGUGUGUGUGUGAGCUCUGAUCAGCUAAGCAAAUUGUAUUCAACAGCAAACAAGUAUCAUCUUGGUUACUUAAAAAUAAUUGAUGAUUACUAUCAUUGUGGAUAUUGUGUCUAUUUUUUUUAAUAUAUAUAUAUAAUUCAUACAUAUACACCUUUUCUUUUGACUACUGCCAGAGACAUCAAAAUAAUAAUAAGAAAAAAUGAAGUGAUUGAAGUUUGGCAAACUUCUGUUUUUACAGAAUUAUUUUUAAACCAAUCAGAAAGAGCUCGGUUUCAUAAGAGCUACUGUUCCAAUGGCAGCCACAUGGGGGUGCUAUAUACCAGCCCCCCUCCUAUUUAGCUUUUUCUCACUUUUAAUCUGUCAUUAUCCAUGAUACUAUUCUCAAUCUCUUUACCCUAUCACCUCUUAAGGUUAGUUGUGUUCGGCAUUAGAGUUGUUACACCAGUAUGAGUUGACUUUGUAGUAGCGAGAGUUACUCUUCAAGUUUGGGUUAUUUUCUGACUUUCUCUCACUUCCUUUGUAUACUGAACAAAAAUAUAAACUUAUCAUGCAAAAAUUUAAAAGAUUUUACAGUGUUACAGCUCAUACAAGGAAAUCAGUCAAUUGAAAUCAGUUCAUUAGGCCCUAAUCUAUGGAUUUCACUUGACUGGGGGGGCGCAGCCCUGAGGGCAUAGAUCCACUUGGGAGCCAGGCCCACCCACUGGAGAGCCAGGCCCAGCUAUUCAGAAUGAGUUUUUCCCCACAAAAGGGCUUUAUUACAGACAUAAAUACUGUUUCAUCAGCUGUCCGGGUGCUGCUCUCGGCAAUCCCACAGGUGAAGAAGUUGAAUGUGGAGGUCCUGUGCUGGCGUGGUUACACAAGGUCUGUGGCUGUGAGGACAUUUGGACGUACUGCCAAAUUCUCUAAAACAACAUUGGAUGUGGCAAAAGAGAAAUGCUCACUAACAGGGAUGUAAACAAAUUUGUGCACACAAUUUGAGAGAAGUUUUUUGUGCAUAUGAACAUUUCUGGGAUCUUUUAUUUCAGCUCAUGAAACAUGGGACCAACACUACAUGUUGCCUUUAUAUUUUUGUUCAUUAUAGAUCUGACCAUUCAAUCGGUCAGUUUCCUCAAUUUGUGAUAAGCAAUAUAACAUGUUUGUUUUCUUAUAUUUGUUCUUAUUCCUCAAGAUUUUCAGAUGUUUAAGCUGAUCUUUGUAUUUUCCAAAUUUCUCAUAUUAUGGUGGUAAUAAAUAGAUGUUACACAAAAUAA